AUGGUCCUCGCUGUUAGUCCUGAGAAUAAGGCAGAGCUUUCUGGAAUCAUACAGGCAUUUCUUUUGGAUAUUGGUUAUGAGUUUCCUCCUUUGAAACUAUAUCCUGCAGUUGAAGACGAAGUGAAGCUGCAUUUCAAGAAUAACGGAUUCUCAGAUGAAUUUGUUUCGAAGGUCGAGCCACAGAUCACGACCAGCGUCGGAAUCGCAACCACGACUUUCCAAACAACCCCCUUCAAUAUACAAUGCACAGUGGCAAUAUUCACUACUUAUUGUCUCAUCAUUGAUGAUUUUGCCCAUGAUCCCGAGUUCAAGCAUCACCUAAAGCGAUUCAAUGUUUGCCUAUUGAGCCGACAGCCUCAAGGAAGCCCGGUUCUCGAGAGCAUGGGAGUGUUCCUAAGCUCGUUCCAUUCUAUCUUCGGCCAAUUUGCCGGCGAUAUGAUCAUCAAGGACUCACUACAAUUCAUCAGCGCAUGUUACGCAGAAGCCGACAGCGAGAAUCUUCAAUUCCCCCCAGAAGCCCAUCUCUUCCCUGGCUAUUUUCGCCUGAAAGUCGGCGUGGCCGAAGCCUACUCUUUUAUGUUGUUCCCAAUGGCACAAUUCUCCGAAGCCGAAUGCCUCCGAUACUGCCUACCGCUGAUACCAUAUCUGACAUGGGGUUUCAACUGGAUAAAUGACAUCAUGUCGUUUUACAAAGAAAUGGCUGAGAUGGACAACUCUAAUUUCAUCGCGAACUCGGCCAGGUGUAAAGGGCUGACUCAGAUCGAGUUUCUGAGGAAGCUCUGUGAUGAUACAAGCGACGUGAUUCAGACUUUGCGGACGCUUGGAAAGGCUCACUUCGGGCUAUCUAAGGUGGUUGAGGCUUUCGUUUCUGGUUAUGUCACGUAUCAUCUGACGCAGAGGCGGUAUCGAACGGAGGAGUUAGAUAUGACAUUCGUUUCCGAUGCUAGAGAACGGUCCAAAGCUUUCGAUUGUGAGCAGAGAAUAAACGCUGUAUAG